AUGAAUCCUUCGAACUCUAUCGUGGGCAAGACCCCUUCCACGCCCUCGAGCUAUCCAACGCAGCCACAGGCUGGUCCUGCAACCUCGAGCUUCGAAUCUUCCCGCCGCCUCAGCCAGCCUGGCUCGUCUUCCGCACAGCCCAUGCCCAGAAAAGGGCAAGCUUCCCGGAAACAGCACAGAAAUCAACGAAGACCAAGUGCGAGCCAAAGAUCAAAUAGCAAUCCUGACGACUAUGACGCCAUGGCUGAGCUCCGAGCUGUCCGAAACCCGUCAAGCAGGAGAGGCCAGACGUCGAUUACCCAUCUUCUAAACUACACGACUCCCCGGCCGUUCCAAGACCACAGCUAUCACCCUAGGUCAUAUCGGAGGAAUCCUACCUGGGGCCCUGGAUCUGGUCACCACGCGGCUGAUAAGUCGAGAUAUGUACACUCCAACUACCGAUUUGUCGUCUCGCCAGAGGGGACCUAUACCAAGCAUGAAGCCGAUGCCGACGUAUUUUUAGACUGGGCGGAUGUGCUGCAGAUUAUUGCUUCCUCUGAGUCUCAGACAGCUUCGUGCCCAAUUUGCCUUUCGGAACCGGUGGCUCCACGAAUGGCAAAAUGUGGUCAUAUAUUCUGUUUACCGUGCUUGAUUCGGUUCAUGCACUCAAAUAGUGAUGACGAUUCCAAGUCCAACAAAGGUGCUCGAUGGAAGAAGUGUCCAAUCUGCGAGGACAUCAUAUAUCUUCACGAGGUGCGGGCUGUGCGGUUCUAUGCUGGACAGGAGAGCCCCCUACCUCGGGUGGGUGACGAUGUGGUCCUACGACUGAUGGCAAGAAAGGCAAAUUCUACUUUGGCAUUACCGCGAGAAGGUGGCGCUGAGGUCCUCAACUCGGGAGAUGAUGUACCAUGGCACUAUGCCGCGAAUGUCUUGGAUUACUCGAGGAUUAUGAAGGGCAGUGCGGAGUACAUGGCUAACCAGUAUGAGGAGGAAGUUGCCGCGUUGAUGAAACAAGAGAAGGAGGAUGAGACGUUGUUUGGCGUAGACUCGGAGUGGAGUCAGAAGGCCAUCAAAGCUAUACAAGCCGCCAAAGAAAGGACUGAUGCCUUGAAAGCACCAGCCGAAACUGGAUCAACUUCAGCUUCCACUCUGGCUAAGCCAUCAUCAGAUGCCGACUUUUUCUUUUACAGCGCUCCGCCACAUUUGUAUCUGUCACCGCUGGAUAUUAGAAUCUUGAAGGCGAAAUACGGCUCGUUUGCGGCCUUCCCGUCAACACUACUCCCACGAGUUGAGCACAUCUCCACGGGACACGUGGUCGAUGAUGUACUUCGCAAACGCACAAAGUAUCUGGCACAUCUUCCGCAUGGCUGUAUCAUCAGCUUCCUGGAGUGUGAUUGGACAGAUAUCGUGUCUGCGGAAAUACUGCAAUCAUUCGCGGGAGAAAUCGAGAAGAGGAGGAAGCGAAACCGAGAGAAGGCUGCCCAAGAGGAGCGCGAGAGACUGCAGUCUGAACGAAUUGAGGCAGCAGCCCUUCGAGGCGCACUCGGCGUCACUGCCCGCAGACAUGCAGCACUGGAGCCGGUAGAAGAGGAUCACUCACCUGCUCUGGACAUGUCUGAAUUCCAACCGCUGAGCAGCCAAUCUGGCGCAACACCCCCGGAUCCGCGACCAGGCUUCGAAACGUUGGCAUCAAUGUCAACGAGUCCAUCAACACAGCGGACUGUGUGGGGGACACGGGUUGUGCCGGUUUCUCCAGAGCUAGAGCCCACUCGGCCUCCAGUAGACGAUGGCUGGCUCAAAGAUGAGGAUUUGUUUGGUACGGCUGAGCUCGCCAUGCAAAUUGAAGCAAUUGAUGCUAUGGAAGGUGUCAAGGCUGCCGACACAGGUGGCGAGGGUGCGGCUCUCGACGGAGGCACUGGAGUUGCAGUCGGGGGCGGCAAGAAGAAAAAGAAGAAACAGAAAAUCACACUAAUGAGUACAGGCGGCCGAAGAGGUCAAUAA